AUGCCGUCAUGUGGAGUGCUGCUAUCACUCUUUCUAACCAGCAGCUUGAAUUUAGUCAGUGCUGCUCUUCCAGCAACACCUGAUGAUUACGAUGUGCUCCAGUAUAUUGACCCGCUGAUCGGCACCGCCAACGGAGGCAAUGUUUUUGCAGGCGCCACUCUGCCCUAUGGCAUGGCCAAAGCCGUGGCCGAUACAAACUCGGAAAGCAACCAGGGUGGUUUCGCCUUUGAUAAUAGCAAUGUGACUGGCUUCUCGAGUAUGCAUGACUCCGGUACUGGAGGCAGUCCAUCUCUUGGAAACUUCCCACUCUUUGCUUAUGCGCAGUGUGCGAAUGAUACCGUGGAUGGCUGCGUCUUCCCGAAAAAGGCGCGGGCUACGCCAUAUGUGAAUAGCUCUGUGCAGUCGCACCCGGGAUACUUUGCGAUUUCGUUGGCCUCGGGACUUGCUGUGGAUAUGACUGCUGCCCAUCAUACGACACUCUUUCGCUUUAAUUUCACAGAUGCUACUAGUCCCUUGGUUCUUUUGGAUCUCUCGGACCUGUCUGAUUCACGACAAGAUAAUGCAACUAUCUCGGUUGACAACUCAACUGGACGUAUGACUGGCAGUGCAAAAUUCUUGCCUAGUUUUGGUAGCGGAACAUACACGCUUCAUUUCUGUGCUGAUUUCAAGAGCUCUGGCGAAUUACGAGAUAGUGGUAUUUUUGUGGAUGCCCGGGCUAGUUCUGAUGUUCAUGAUUUGAAGAUCUCAAGGAGUAUCAAUGGCUAUCCUCUUCCAGGUGGUGGAUUCGUUCGCUUCAAUACUCCUUCAGAUGGUACGGUUCAGGCUCGUGUUGGAGUGAGCUUUAUCAGCCCAGACCAAGCCUGUGUCCAUGCCGAGUCGGAGAUCAGUGACUUUGAUUUUGAAGCUACGAAACAAGCGGCUGUGGAUAAAUGGACUGAGAAAAUGAGUCCAGUUCGUGUUUCAACAAACGGUGUCGACUCAUCUGUUCUCACUAAUUUCUACAGUGGCAUUUACCGUACCAUGGUGAAUCCCCAAAACUAUACUGGCGAGAAUCCUCUCUGGACAAGCUCGGAGCCUUACUUUGAUUCAUUCUAUUGCCUCUGGGACUCUUUCCGCUCUCAAAUUCCAUUCCUCACUCUGACCGAUCCUAGCGCGGUCGCUGAGAUGGUUCGAUCGUUGAUUGAUACACAGCGUAAUCUUGGCUGGCUUCCUGACUGCCGCAUGUCUUUAUGCAAAGGCUAUACACAAGGAGGCUCAAACGCUGAUAACAUCCUUGCGGAUGCCUAUGUCAAAGGUCUCACUGAUGGCAUAAACUGGGACUAUGGAUACGCUGCUGUUCAAAAAGAUGCUGAAGAAGAACCUUAUGACUGGUCAAAUGAAGGCCGUGGAGGACUUCAGAGUUGGAAAGAGCUGAACUAUAUCCCCGUUGAGGAUUUUGACUACCUGGGCUUUGGAACCAUGACCCGAAGCAUCUCACGCACACUCGAAUACUCUUAUAACGACUUUGCUAUUGCCCAAAUGGCCCGUGGAAUGAAUAAAACAGCCGAUGCUGAGAAAUAUGAGAACAACUCAGGAUUUUGGCGAACUUUGUUCAAGAGUGACCAAACUUCCUUCCUCAAUAAAACCAAUACAGGGUUUGUGGGAUUUUUCCAGCCUAAGUAUCUCAAUGAGACAUGGGGAUAUCAGGAUCCUCUCAAGUGCUCGAACAUUGAUAACAGUGGAAGUAUUUGUUCACUCCAGAAUACUGGCGCGGAGACCUUUGAGUCGAGUAUUUGGGAAUAUCAAUUCUUCGUACCUCACGAUAUGGCCGCGCUCAUUUCUCUUCUCGGGGGCCCUGAUAGCUUUGUCAAGCGUCUGGACUACCUACAUGAUCAGAAUAUCACCUAUAUUGGCAACGAGCCUGCGUUCCUAACAGUCUUUCAAUACCACUACGCCGGUCGCCCAGCUAAAUCCACUGCACGAGUCCGUACAUACAUCCCAGAAUACUUUUCUCCAACUCCUUCCGGUCUACCCGGCAACGAUGAUUCGGGUGCAAUGGGUUCUUUUGUCGCUAUGUCCAUGAUGGGUCUCUUCCCGAACCCAGGACAGAGCGUCUAUUUGAUUACCGUUCCUUUCUUUGAAUCUGUCAGCAUCGCUUCGCCGCUCACUGGCAAGACGGCGACUGUCAAGGUGAUUAACUGGACCAACUUCAACUCACUGAAUAACACUGGUGGUAAUGGUUUUAUUCAGUCGGCUACUCUGAAUGGACAACCAUACACUCGUAAUUGGGUGGAUCAUGACUUCUUCACUGAAGGACAGGACUUGGUUCUUGUCUUGGGCCGUAAUGAGACUACGUGGGGUACGGGCGCUGAUGACCUGCCACCUUCUUUAUCGACCUCUUCUGGGGUUCAAGCACGGGGACUUGGUGGAUAUGAUAACCUGGAGAAACGAGAGCCCUUCAUUGCUGGAGGACAGAUCACUAAACAGUUCAAUCGCUAUACUCACGGGCCAAGAGAUGGACACUGA